AUGGCCACGCCUGACUUUUGUACCAACAUCUCUGAGAUAUUUACUGGUCUUUCUACUCAGACGAACAAUGCUACUGAUAGAGGCAUGGGGCUGCUUAGUGCAAGUACCAACAGCAACAGCGCUUCAUCGCCCGCUUCAGUAAUCAGCGAUGACAUCUUUAAUAUCAUUGACAUCAUCAUCAAUUGCUUUUUGGUUUACGCCUUAAGCCUUCUGGGUAUUUUCGGCAACAUUCUGAAUGGCCUGGUUCUGUUCAGGCAUCGUUUCAAAGAGCCCUCUAACAUUAUACUUCUAUCGCUGUCCGUCAGCGAUUUUUUCUACUCCAUGUGCGUCCCGUUCAGAAGAAUGAGAAGCAUCAUCACCAGGUUUAGUCCAGCGUACGCUAUCACCUUCAAGACGUUUAGCGAAGUGAAUCUCUUCAGCUUCAGCACAGCUUGCAUGGCCACCAGCCUUACCCACGUCACGGUUAUAGCUGUGGAGAGGCUGACGGCCGUGUGUUUCCCGUUCCAUGUUUCUCGUAUUUUCACAUCGAGCCGCGUGAAGCUGUUGGUUCUCUUCUUGUACGUGUACAACUUCAGCUUGAUGAUUCCCCUGUUCAUGAAGUACACCUAUGUCUGGAUGUUUCAUCCUGGAUACAACACCACGGUGGCGCAGGUUGAUCUGACGCCUUGGGCAAAGGGCAGUUUGGGCGAGGUGACCUAUUACGAGAGCUACGUCAUGACCCCGCUGGUCUCGCUGGUCACCUUGCUGGUCAUCCUCCUCUGCUCGACGGUCAUCGUCAUCAAGCUGACCAUCGUCCGUGAUCUGAAGAGGUUGUCAUCGAUAUCCUCAUCGUCGAAUGCGGCCUCGAAGAACGCGAAGGUGGUCAAGAUGCUCUUGACCGUGUGCGUGGUCACCCUUCUGUCCUGUCUGCCCACCACCAUAUUGGACAUCAUUGAAGUGAUAGCCAAUAGGUCGAUGAUGGUAACGACGAACUCUCUCCUCUUGAAAAACAGUGUCCAGGUUCUCCUCUACCAGUUCAACGCCUCUGCAAAUUUCAUCGUCUACGUCACAAUGAGCUCCAAAUUUUCAAAAACUUGCAAAAAAAUUCUUCGGUGUGUUUGCUGCGUGUUGAAGAAAAAAGAAAAGGCAAUAGAACCUUUGUUGAAGUAG